AUGGCGGUGGCGGAGGAGGAGACCCGGGAGAAAUGGAGGGGGGCUGGGCAGCGUGGGGGCUGCGAGGAGGCUCGUCCACUUCACAGCCCCGCAGGUGAGUGUCCCAGCCCGGGCCGGGGUGGCGCCAAGCGGAAGAAGAAGCAGAGGCGGAACCGCACUACGUUCAACAGCAGCCAGCUGCAGGCGCUGGAGCGCGUGUUCGAGCGCACGCACUACCCGGACGCGUUCGUGCGGGAGGAGCUGGCGCGGCGCGUGAACCUGAGCGAGGCGCGCGUUCAGGUCUGGUUCCAGAACCGCCGUGCAAAGUUCCGCCGCAACGAACGGGCCUUGCUGGCCACGCGCUCGGCCUCGCUGCUCAAGUCCUACAGCCAGGAGGCUGCCGUGGAGCAGCCCGUGGCGCCCCGGCCCACAGCGCUAGGCCCCGACUACCUGUCCUGGUCAGCAGCAUCGCCCUACAGCUCUGUGCCGCCCUAUAGCCCUGGGGGCUCGGGCCCUGCCACCCCGGGAGUCAACAUGGCCAACAGCAUCGCCAGCCUCCGUCUCAAGGCCAAGGAGUUCAGCCUACACCACAACCAGGUGCCCACAGUGAACUGAGCGCUGUUGGCCGGGCUGGGACCCAUGGCCACCUGCUCCCAUGGCGCUGAGCAGAGGGGGCAGUGCCUGGGACGCGACCUUCUCCUCCCUGCCCCUAGGACAGGCUGGCUGACUGUACUGGCCGCGGCGCCAGCCUGGACUCCUGCACUGAGAGGCUGAUGGGACCCUGAUGGCUCCUCAGUGCCUGGCCCCCAGGGGCUGCCCCUGUGACCCCAGAGGAGCUGCUGACGGCGAGGCGGGAGCUGGCCGGGACUCCUUCGCUUUGUGUACGAAACCAAAAGGCUCUGUCUUUAAGAAAUAAAACCAUUUUUUAAAAAGC